AUGGUCCAAACACUUACCCUGCUUGAUCUGCCUGUGGACAUCUUUUAUCAGAUCCUCUACUACUUCAAGGAUGUAGGGGCCAGCUUCGACCUGGAUCACGUCUGGCGCAAAGAGGAAAACAUCGCCCGCCAACAGAGCAUUCGAAAUUUGCGCCUGGUGUGCCGCUGCUUGUGCGAGCUUGCUUCGCCGCUGCUGUUUCCUAUUCUCAAAGUCAGCAUCGAUAGCAAGUCUCUCAGCAUUGCGGAAGCAAUCUCUCAGAGCCCAUGGAUCCGGCAGGGCGUGGGUUCUGUGCAUGUGUUUCUAGACUACUACCCGGCGCAACUUGCCCAAGACAUAGCCGCAUUCGCGGAUUUUCGACGAAACCAGUUGCAAGAGUUGUCGAGGCAUUGUGAUUAUUACGCGGAAACAUGGUUUCUUGGCGGGUAUGACUCGGACGACGAGACAAUAUGUGCACUGCCUAAGCGAGUAUAUGAUAGUGCGAUGGGCAAUUGUCAGUCCAUCGUAGCUGCAUGGAGUAAAUAUGUGGACCCGGAGUGUAAACACGAGAUUGACAAAAAGCAAAAAGAAUACCAGGAAAUCCUUCAGCAGGGUUUCGACGAGAUUGGACAAAGACACUUGGACCAGCAACAGCUUAUUAUGAGUGGCGAUUUCGUCAGACGUCUAGCGGCAUGUAUUGCUCGCAUGCCAAAUGCGCACAGCCUGGCCUUUUAUGAUGAUAGAAAUAGAAUGCGUCGGCUGGAUGACAACCCUACUACCAUCUUGAACGACAAGGAAAGACUUCGAGACCUGAUGGUCAUGCCCGUGACGUGGGAAUUAUUCGAGAAAUUAGGGUAUGAAGGAGCCGAAAUCCUGCCUGCGAAGAUGUUCUCCGACCUUCCGAUCGGUAUUCACAAAGCAGGCGGAAUCCUUCAACAGCUGGUGAUUGGGUGCUUCCCAUUAUUUGGCGACUACUCCGUUCUUACUCCCCAUCUUGAAGGCGCUGGAUGGGCUGAUCUUGGUACUGCGUUCGAGCAUCUCACCGUGUUUGAGAUUGGGAAAGGGAGCAUGUCCAAUUUGCCGAUUCGACGCGACUAUCUGGACGCAGAGGUACAACGACGUAUUACAAAUUAUCUCGGCGCUGCUCUGUCGAGCACGAAUCUCGAGGUAGUGGACUUUAACCUCCGUGUCUUGGGUAUAAAUGACGGCACUAAAAACAGCAGAAAGGGGCACUCGCGCAUAGGUCCAUCAUUGUCUGAUGUGAGGUGGCCUCGGAUUCGCCGCAUAAGGUUCUUGCAUGUAGAGCUAAAUCAAGAAGAUCUCGAGUCCUUCUGCCAUGGUCUGGGAGACUGUUUGGAAGAUGUUUACUUGAGCGGAGUAACCUUGCAAGAUGGCAGUUGGGCCACCAUCUUAGACAUAUUGCGCGAGAAAGUCGCAAAAAGAUGCUCAGAAGGUCGGUGUCGGCUGAUAUUUAGCGGCCUCGAUGGCGGAGAGCUUGUUGCAAAAGACCCUCGAAUAAACGAGAGCAUAUGGGAGGAUCUACUAAUUGGGAAAAAUACAGUUGACUUUGACUUUGAGGAACCGCAAAAUAUCGUAGAGGCGCAGAAGUACGUCUGCGGUGACGGGGUGUCGGAGAACCCACUAAGGAUGAAGAUCACAAGGCAAUAA